ACAUGAACACAAUGCAGUUCAAUUUACUUAUAAAACAAAUGAAACAGAAAACUAUUUUCUUUCUCAGGUAAGGUGAGCGGUUAGAGACUCGAAAAUAACACCAGCAUACAACUUUAUCAGAAGAARAUAGGUUUAGUUUUGCUAUAAUUUACCUUUGGAAGUAAUUGGGCUUUGGAAUGAGGAUGAUCGCUUACUUGGCUCUGUGUAAAUACUUCUCUCUAGCCAUAGUUGUGGUCAUAGUUUCCAGUGUGAAUGGAAAUUACCCUCUAUUUGAUUGCCUACAAGACUCAGACUACAACGAGCUACUUAGUAUAGUGGACAAKGGUCUCCCCCACACCAACACAUCUCAUCAUAUUGCCAUCAUUGGGGCUGGCAUGGCUGGCCUGACGGCAGCAAAGUUUUUGGAGGAGGCAGGACACAAGGUAACCAUAAUAGAGUCAAGCAAUCGUAUUGGAGGACGGGUAGAGACGUACAGACCUAAGGGAGAGCACUGGUACGCAGAACUUGGGGCCAUGAGGAUCCCUAACUUCCACACAAUUCUGUUGAAGAUUGCAAACAAUGCAGGCCUUAGUCUGAACCGAUUCAUUGAGGAUGACAAUAAUACCUACUAUUUGGUGAAUGGGUUGCUGCACAAAAACUAUCAGGUGAAAGGGGACCCAGACGUCCUCAACUAUCCGUUGAAUGAAGAUGAGAGAGGGAAGUCAGCUGAUCAACUCUUCGACUUGUCUCUGCAGAAGAUAAGAGAUUAUGUGAAGAACAAUGGCUGCCGUGCCAUGCUGGACAAAUAUGACAUGUUCUCUGUAAAGGAGUAUCUUGUGAAGGAGGCCAAUCUGAGUCGUGGUGCUUUGCGGAUGAUUGGGGAUAUUCUGAAUGAGAACAGUUUAUUCUACACUGCACUCACAGAGGCACUGUAUGAUCAGUCUGAUAUCAAUGAUGAGWCUUUCUACUAUGAGGUGACAGGCGGGUUUGACAAACUACCCAAUGCCAUUUGCGAGGACUUGAAGGGCACCAUCCACCUAAAUUCCAAGGUGAAACGCAUCAGUCAGACCAGCAAUAAAGUGACCGUGUCCUACCAGGACCACCAUCUCUGGCACAAACAAUCCUCCCUCACCCACCUGACAGUAGACUACGCCUUGGUGACAGCCACCGCCAAGGCUACUCUCUUUAUCGACUUCCAGCCCCUGCUCUCAGCAGACAAGAUGGAGGCGCUGCGUUCGCUGCACUAUGAUAGCUCCACCAAGGUGGUCCUGAUAUUCAGUGAGAGGUUCUGGGAGAAGGAGGGCAUCAAUGGAGGGAGGAGCAUCACGGAUAUGCACUCUCGUUUCAUCUACUACCCCAGCCACAGAUUCCCUAACACGGACAUCGGGGCCCUCUUGGCUUCCUAUACCUUCUCGGAUGACUCCACCCUCUUUCAGGGGGUGAAUGACGAGGAGCUGCAGGGUCUGGUGCUGGAGGACCUUGUCAAGAUCCACGGGGAGGGCAUACGGCCACUCUSCAUUGGAGGGCUGGUGAAGAAGUGGGCGCUGGAUCCCUAUAGUCUUGGGGCRUUUGCCCUCUUCACCCCGUACCAACAUAUAGACUACGCCUCAGAACUGUUCAGGAACGACAAUAGGAUCCACUUUGCUGGGGAGCACACAGCCCUGCCUCAUGCCUGGAUAGAGACGGCCAUGAAGUCUGCUCUAAGGGCAGCUAGAAAUAUCAAUAACCUCAGAGAGUAGAGAACGGGUGCAGUACAGUAUAUACUCUAAUCCACCGGUGGAAGCGUAURUCUGUAUACUCUGGAGAWGAGAGAACACGUACAGUUGAWGUCAGAAGUUUACAUACACCUUAGCCAAAUACAUUUAAACUCAGUUUUUCACAAUUCCUGACAUUUAAUCUGAGUAAA